CAAAAUCCGCCCGGGGCCGGCUGGCGAGCCGAGCUUCACAGCCGGGCUCUCCAAUCCGAGCCAAGCCAGGGACGCGAUGGCCGGGGCGCCUGCGGAGCCCGGGACACUCCGGUACUCUCAGUGGGCACCCACCGUGUGCCUCCGGACGGGGCGGAGGCUGCCCGCGCUUCUGCUGCCUCUUUUGCUGGUGCUUUUGCUGGUGCUUUUGGCGGCCGUGCCCGCCGUGGGCAAGGGCUGUGUCUGUAAGGACAAAGGCCAGUGCUUCUGUGAUGGGACCAAAGGGGAGAAGGGAGAGAAAGGUUUUCCUGGACCCCCUGGGUCUCCUGGCCAGAAGGGAUUCCCAGGUCCUGAAGGCUCACCUGGACCACAGGGACCCAAGGGCUCUCGAGGACUUCCAGGACUCACUGGUCCCAAAGGUGUACGGGGAAUAAGUGGAUUACCAGGAUUUUCAGGUCCUCCUGGACUUCCAGGCACCCCAGGCUAUCCCGGACCUUACGGUCUUCCUGGUUUACCAGGAUGCAAUGGCUCUAAGGGGGAGCGAGGGUUUCCAGGAUUUCCAGGGACACCAGGCUACCCAGGGGUCCCGGGUGCUGUUGGUUUAAAAGGAGAAAAGGGUGCUCCUGCGAAAGAAGAAGGUAUAGAACUUGAUGGAAAAGGUGAUCCCGGGUUGCCAGGAGCUCCAGGAUUACAGGGUUGGCCAGGACUCCCAGGUUUUCCCGGACCCAUCGGCCCACCUGGCCCUCCAGGGUUCUUUGGCUUGCCAGGAACCAUGGGGCCUCCAGGACUUAAGGGGCACAUGGGUGAUAACGUGAUCGGACCAAAAGGAGAGCGGGGUGUGAAAGGACUAAGAGGACCCCCCGGACCACCAGGCACUGUUACUGUGAUGCUGACGGGCCCGUAUAACAGGACGGAACUCAAGGGGGAGAAGGGAGACCAGGGAGACGAGGGCAAAGCUGGACCUCCUGGACCCUCGGGACCACCCGGGGACUCUUACGGAUCAGAAAAAGGUGCCCGUGGAGAACCUGGCCCACAGGGGAAACCUGGAAAAGACGGUACCCCUGGGUUCCCUGGCAUUGAGGGAGCCAAAGGCAGCAGGGGUUCGCCGGGGUUGGUGGGUGAAGACGGCAUCAAGGGGAGGAAAGGGGACAUUGGCCCUCCAGGAUUUCAUGGUCCAACAGAAUAUUAUGAUGUAUACCCGCAAAAGGGAGAUGAGGGGAUUCCAGGCCCACCGGGGCCCAAAGGAGCACGUGGCCCACCAGGUCCCAGCGGUCCUCCCGGAGCUCCUGGCAGGCCUGGGCCAUCAAGUCCUGGCCCCAGAGGUGCCCCGGGACCACCAGGCGUGAAAGGAAGUAAAGGGGAGCGAGGAGCCCCAGGAAAGAGUGCAGUGGGGCCUCCUGGGUCCCUGGGUUGCCCUGGUUUUCCAGGCCGCCCGGGGCCGCCGGGACCUCCAGGACCACCAGGUCAUGUCAUUUUUCUGAAAGGCCCCCCUGGGGGAGUCGGACCUCCAGGCCACGUGGGGCCUCCAGGAAUCCCAGGCGUGGACGGACACAAAGGGGAGCCAGGCCUCCUGUGCACAGAAUGUCCGUCUGUCCCAGGGCCUCCGGGUCUCCCAGGACUGCCGGGGUUAGACGGCGUCAAAGGAAUCCCAGGGGGACAAGGGGCAGCUGGCAUUAAAGGAAGCCCAGGGUCCCCAGGAAGUGCGGGUCUUCCAGGAUUUCCAGGAUUCCCAGGUGCUCAGGGUGACCCAGGACUUAAAGGAGAAAAAGGUGAAGCGCCCCAGCCAGUUGGACACGUAGGUGACCCCGGGGACCCAGGGCCCAGAGGGCAGCCUGGAAGAAGGGGCUUGGAUGGCACCCCUGGGACCCCUGGAGUGAAAGGAUCACCAGGACCUAAAGGCGAACCGGCCCUCAGUGGUGAGAAGGGGGACCAGGGUCCUCCAGGGGAUCCUGGCAUCCCUGGGUCCCCAGGACCCCCAGGACCAGCUGGACCGCCAGGCUACGGACUGCAGGGAGAGCCUGGUCCAAAGGGCGCCCAAGGAGUUCCUGGAGCCCAGGGAGCACCUGGAGAAGCCGGUCCUAAGGGAGAACCCAGUGUUUCAACAUCAGUCCCUGGGCCCCCAGGACCUCCGGGGCUCCCCGGCCGUGCUGGACCCCAAGGCCCACCUGGUCUCCCUGGGCCCAAAGGAGAAUAUGGUGACCCAGGGAUUCCCGGGCCUGACGGCGAUGCAGGGAUUCCAGGAAUUGGAUUCCCUGGGCCUCCGGGACCCAAAGGAGACCGAGGCUUUCCAGGAACAAAAGGAUCCCCAGGUUAUCCUGGAGAAAUGGGAAAGCCAGGGGUACCUGGAGAUCCAGGCCUCCCAGGAGCCAAGGGAGAACCAGGACUAGCCAUGCCUGGAGAACCAGGAACACCAGGUUUUCCAGGAGAAAGAGGCAAUUCUGGGGAAAAUGGAGAAAUUGGACUCCCUGGAUUUCCAGGUCUCCCUGGAAUUCCAGGAACUGGAGGGCUUGAUGGACCACGAGGGGAUCCAGGGCAGCCUGGACCUCCUGGAGAAAAAGGACUCCCAGGAAGAUGCAUAGAGGGUCCCAGGGGAGACCCAGGACUUCCAGGCUUAAAUGGAUUGGAAGGGCAACAAGGCAGAAAAGGUGAAACAGGACAAAAAGGAGACCCAGGAGUUCCAGGCAUGGGUCAGCCAGGAUUUCCUGGAGAACCUGGACCACCAGGAAUGCCAGGUCAUCGAGGGGAGAUGGGACCGCCUGGUCAGAAAGGAUAUCCAGGAGAUCCAGGAUUUUUAGGGCCACAAGGUGAAAGAGGAAUGGUCGGGAUGAUGGGCUUUCCGGGCCACACUGGCCUCCCGGGGCCUCCCGGGAACCCUGGCCCGCCUGGACAAAAGGGUAGCUUCGGAAUUCCAGGGGCCAAGGGUGAGAGAGGACCCCCGGGAGCCAAGGGGGAAAAAGGAGCUAAAGGACUUCACGGGCCGUCUCAAACAUUCCAGAUACUGGGGGACAAAGGAGAACCGGGCCUCAAAGGAUUGGCAGGGAGGCCGGGGGAGAAAGGAAGCAGGGGCACUCCAGGGUCACCGGGCCUAGAAGGGCUCAGAGGGCCACCUGGACCAGCAGGACCACCAGGCCCCAGAGGAGACCCUGGAAGCACUGGAAGCCCUGGAGGACCCGGACCCCGUGGCCCGCCAGGAAGCAUGGGGAACAUGGGGUUACCAGGGUCCAAAGGAGAGAGGGGAACUUUGGGACUCCCGGGUCUACCUGGAAGACCAGGCCUCCCAGGUAUUCAUGGUCUCCAAGGAGAUAAGGGAGAGCCCGGGUACUCAGAAGGUGCAAGGCCAGGACCGCCAGGACCAAAGGGAGAACCAGGAUUGCCAGGUGACAUGGGAAAGAAAGGAGAAAGAGGACCACCUGGCCCACCUGGAUAUUCAGGGCCUGCUGGACGUGACGGAGCCCCCGGAAGUCCCGGAAGCCCUGGUCUCCCAGGAAAGCCAGGACCGGAUGGUGAAAUGGGGUCUAAAGGAAUGAAAGGCUUCCCUGGAUGUCCAGGAACCAAAGGCCCUCCAGGCCCCCCAGGACUCCCAGGAAAUCCUGGACCAAUGGGUAUGAGAGGUGACCAAGGACGUGACGGAAUUCCUGGCCCAACAGGAGAAAAGGGAGAAACGGGUUUGCUGGGGGCACUUCCAGGCUCAAAAGGGAAACCUGGUGCUCAAGGAGCCAAAGGAGACAGAGGAGCCCCAGGCUUGCCAGGCCUCCCCGGCAGGAAAGGGAUGACGGGAGACGUUGGGCCGCAAGGACCCACCGGGAUGGCAGGAUUCCCAGGGCCGCCAGGGAAACCCGGUGCAAUCAUCCCCGGCCAAAAAGGAAACCGAGGUCCACCAGGCUCAAGAGGAAGCCCAGGUGAGCCUGGUCCACCCGGACCUCCAGGGAGACACGUAAUAGGCAUAAAAGGAGAGAAGGGCGUGAUGGGCAAGCCUGGCCCAAGAGGCCCCCCCGGAAUGGCAGGAGACACAGGGCCACCAGGUCUUCCGGGAGCACCAGGAACUCCAGGUCUGCCAGGUCUUAGAGGUGAUCCCGGGCUCCCAGGGUUUCCAGGCGUGAAAGGAGAGAAAGGUGAUCCAGGACCUCUGGGACCAACUGGACCUCCAGGGAAAACGGGGCCUAAAGGACCACCAGGUGUACGUGGCGACCCUGGCACAGUCACAGUCAUCUCCCUUCCAGGAAGUCCAGGGCCACCGGGCCCAGCUGGACAACCGGGGAUACAAGGAGAUCCCGGGCCACCGGGGCCACCGGGGCACCCAGGACCCUGUGGGCCAAGAGGUAAACCAGGCAAGGAUGGAAAACCAGGAAUUCCUGGACCACCUGGAGACAAAGGCAACAAAGGUCGUAAAGGAGAGCGAGGACUUCCUGGAUUCGAUGGACUGCCGGGUUUGAAGGGGAAACCAGGCGACACUGGACCACCUGCAACCAGAACCACGAUGAGAGGCUUCAUUUUCACCCGGCACAGUCAGACCACAGCAAUUCCUUCCUGUCCAGAAGGAACAGAGCCACUUUACAGUGGGUUUUCUCUUCUUUACAUACAAGGAAAUGAACAAGCUCAUGGACAAGACCUGGGAACUCUUGGAAGCUGCCUACAGCGAUUUACCACAAUGCCGUUCUUAUUCUGUAACAUCAAUGAUGUAUGUAAUUUCGCAUCUCGAAAUGAUUAUUCGUACUGGCUCUCAACACCAGCUCUGAUGCCAACGGAUAUGGCUCCAAUUACUGGCAGGGCCCUGGAGCCUUAUAUCAGCAGGUGCACCGUCUGUGAAGGUCCCGCCAUUGCCAUAGCCAUUCAUAGCCAAACCACUGAUGUUCCCUCAUGUCCUGAUGGCUGGAUUUCUCUUUGGAAAGGAUAUUCCUUCAUCAUGUUUACAAGUGCAGGUUCCGAGGGCGCAGGGCAAGCACUGGCAUCCCCUGGGUCCUGCCUGGAAGAAUUCCGAGCCAGUCCAUUUAUAGAAUGUCAUGGAAGAGGGACAUGCAACUACUAUUCAAAUUCCUACAGUUUCUGGUUGGCUUCCUUAAACCCAGAGAGAAUGUUCAGAAAACCUAUUCCAUCUACUGUGAAAGCUGGGGAGUUAGAAAAGAUAAUAAGCCGAUGCCGGGUAUGCAUGAAGAGAACACAGUGAAGAAAUUAAAAAAAAAAAAAAAAAAGGAACUGUUAUUUUUUUCAUCCUAAAUAACAAGUAAUGAUGCAGAACACCUAUUUACCUAUUUUUCUCUAACCAAACAAUACCAUUCUAGAAUGGCUUGGUACAAAGUUUCUGUUUGUUUCCCCACACACAAAAGCAUUUCUUUUUUCUUCUGUGAUACUGGUUUCUAAAUCUGUUUCAAAGUUCUCCAUGGCAAGGCAGCAGAGUUUUCACAAAAAACCACUGAAAUUGUAUUCCACUUGUAUCCAAUGCACUACCUAAAUGGUAACUGUAUAAAGUUUGUGAUACAAGUGAAGACCUACUUGGCCCAUUAAAUUCCCAAGAUGUGCCCCCUUCUAUUUCAGUCUUUGAGACUCAGGGAGGGCACUUUAGUAUUAGAUUGCCCCACCACCUACUUUCUAAGACUUUAGGUCUUAAGCAGACGAGAUGUGCGCAAGUGGAGGACACACAUUAUUGAUGAAACUGGACCUUCGGAUCUGUUAAUUAGCCUCGGGCUGGAGAGGACUGGAAUCAAACUGAAGUUCGUGGAUUUUCUAUGGCUUUUUUAAACAAACGCAAUAGUAAGGCUAAAAGAGGGGUUCCCUGAAUGGAAUCACAAUAGCCCUGGAAACACUGUACGGUUUUGUUUAGUAUUUUUUAAGUCUUUUGGUUUGUCCAGUGCAUUCAUGUCACUGCAGCAAUACGGCCUGCUCCUAUUCCAAGUAGGUACAAUUUUUACCCUUAGUGAAUUAAUUUUAAUAGAAUUUUUACACAUGUACUCAGAGCUGUGUCUAAUUUUAGCUUUUCUUUCACCAGCACUCCCACACAAAUAACAAGAGAACAACUUACUAGGUGUAGAUGUGUACUU